GCCUCGUGGCUUUUUCGUGUCUAGGACAAAAAAAUUACCGUUUUGUGAAUUUUUUUUGUUUAUUUGUUGCUUAUUUAUGUUUGUGUUGACGAUUUUUCUCUUGACGUCAUUAGAAACUCGUCCGUUCAUUGGCUGAAAUGUUACAGUGGUCUAUUGUCUGUCAGUUCUUCAGUUGUGGUGAUUCUAUGGUAGUGAAGUGUCCUUCCUUCUGUCAAAUUGUAUGACGUACGCUUAUGUAUUAAAUAAUUAACAAGAAGCUCAGCUUUUCCAUUAACCACUACAGUGUUUUCAGUUAGGCGUCUAAUUAAUGUCUUAUUUCGUUUUAACAAAAACCCUCCAAGUUUAGGCAAAUAUGCUGUGAUAUCGUGUUUACAAGUGCUUACACAGGAGACUGUAAAAAUCUACAAAAACUGACCCAUGCUUCUUAUUUCAGUAAUAUGGUGACACAAGUGAGACAGUUUUAACAAAAAACAGAUCACAAUGCCAAAAUGGGCCGGAAAAAAGUGUCGUCUGCUCUCGAUGUUGGGGCUGACGACGUCCUUCUUCUUCGUCGAAAUAGUCGUAGGUUACAUAACAAAUUCGAUGGCUUUGGUCGCGGACAGUUUCCACAUGCUAAGCGACGUGGCCGCCUUGAUGGUGGCCUUUGUCUCAGUCAAGAUGUCUCCGAAGAAGUGGUCGAAAAACACGUUCGGUUGGGCCAGAGCUGAAGUCCUUGGUGCUUUAGUCAACGCCGUCUUCCUCGUAGCUCUUUGUUUUUCCAUUACAGUGGAAGCUUGCAAACGGUUCAUCGAGAGCGAAGCGAUUCACGACCCACAAUUGUUGGUCAUUGUGGGUGCGUUGGGUCUGUUUGUUAAUUGUAUAGGACUGCUGUUGUUUCAUGAGCAUGGUAGUAGCCAUGGUCAUUCCCAUGGUCGUUUGGCCCAUAGUCGAAACCGCCUAACACAACUAGCCAUGACUGACGAUAACGAAAACGACGAAAGUUAUCCCAGUCCUCCGCCGGAGAAAUCCUCCCAUCAUGGGCACUCAAGCCCCGGACAGAUGAACAUGAGGGGGGUUUUCCUCCACGUGUUGUCCGACGCUUUAGGCUCAGUUAUCGUAAUUAUAUCAGCAGUUGUCUUCUGGCUGUCGUCGUGGAAAUACAGGAAUUACAUCGACCCAGCUUUGAGCAUACUGCUGGUAUUGUUAAUAAUGAACUCUGUAUGGCCUUUGUUGCGAGACUCGGCUUUAAUUUUACUACAAACUGUCCCGACGCAUAUUCAAGUCGACGCAAUCCAGCGGAGGUUACUGGCGAAAGUCGACGGAGUCGUAGGAGUGCACGAGUUUCACGUCUGGCAAUUGGCCGGAGACCGAAUCAUAGCUUCAGCCCACAUUAAGUGCCGUAAUUUAUCCGAAUACAUGAAAAUCGCGGAAAAAGUCAAAGAAUUCUUCCACAACGAAGGCAUCCACUCGACGACAAUCCAACCAGAGUUCAUUGAUUACCAAGCUCCGGAAAUCACAGAUACUGACCAAACCGAAGAUUGUGUUCUUGAUUGUCCCAAAACCACAGACAGUGACGACUGCGUGCAAAACACAUGCUGCGGUCCAUCGAAACAAUUGGAGAGAAGCCUCUUGAAAGGACGUGAGACGCCCUCGCCCAAUAACACCCCGUAUAUGGUCCGUCAGCGCGGCAAUUCCAGCAACAGUUCGAACAAUUCGCAGGAAAUGAACGAAAUGGAGGCGGGAGUGCUUUUGGAAAAAGGUAAUUCUCCAGUGCCCAAAGACUACAAUUGUAUCUCAAGGGGUUCACAGUGUUCGCAAUACUCAGUAAGACCUGGUUCAGAACCAAGUUUCUGAUACCUUGAUGUUUCACAUAUUUUAAUUAGGCUCUAGUUACCUUAUUAAGUAUAAAAAGUCGUGUUUUCGUGUUAAUAACAUCACUUCAGUUUUGUAAUAUGCUCUACCAGUAAGUUUCACAGAUUUUGUUACUACUACAGUGUGAAUCUAGUCUUAGUACAAUUUUGUUUUCAGUUUUAUUACUUGUAGUUCGGCUAUGGCCAAGUUGGUAAAGCAUAUUUUUCUAGAUAAGAACAAUCUCAAUACGACGGAGUGAAAGAGCAAGAUUUCAAAAAAUGAUCGCGUACUUACAUUGUAUCAUGUGAUGAAUAAGGGCGACAGAAUAAAAUCAAGUAUUAAUUGGGCGGUAGCUAAACGUCAAAACCAGUACCUUAAAAAGGCCCUUCAUCGUUUACACGUAACUAGAUUAGGAAAUUUUCUCGGCUAUUUUGCAAACUUGUAUACCUACCGUGUUGGGUGAAGUACAAGUGUUACAUAUUUAUAUUUUAUUUUGUAUAUUAAGUAUUAUGUUACAUACUUUUUAUUCAACAUCUAAAAACAAGGUUAUACUAUAUUUAAAAUCACAGACACUGUGUGCAGCCUAUUGAUGAAAUAAAAUUAAAGGAAGACUAAAAA